CCGUGUGUCAGGUCUGGAGUUGGUCGUCAUCAUUCCCAGAGCAGGAUUUGUGAAGGAUUUGGGAAUUGUUCACACAAGAACCCGGAAUCAGUCUGUCCAGAACUCCACCAGCAGGGUCUAUUUUUUCCUUCCACUUUACUCCUGUUUUCUUUCUUUUAUUUCCGUGUUGGUUUUUCCAUCGUGUGUGUGUGUGUGUGUGUGUGUGUGUGUGAGCGGAACCUGGGAGAGAACCAUGUCGCUGUGGAUGGGAAAUGAGAAGGCGGGGAGGGAGUGAGGACAGGAUGGCGUACACACAGCUGGAACCCGUCAACGAGGGUCUGCUGUCUACUCUGACGGAUCUCCUGCUGUGCCGCUGGUCGUGUCGGGCGUGUUGGCACUGGUGUUGGGAAUGUAGCUGCUGUCAGACCACUGAGGAGGAAGUGGAGAUUCUGGGGCCGUUUCCAGCACAGACGCCCUCCUGGCUUGUUAACGACUGUAACGACGAGAAAGAGUCAGACUCUCACCUGGGGUCUCGUGAUCAGGUCCAUGCGGCCCACGGCGACGCCGCGGGCAGCAGCAGUCCGAGCUGCACCAGUCCCAGCAGCCGGGGGUCCGGCUCGGAGAACUCUCGCUCCACCUUCAGCCUCGCACGCCAGCUGUCCAGUCUGGAUUCGCGGCGUCCCAGCUCCCCGCUGGUGGACACGAAGCCCAUUGAAUUCUGGGCCUUGUCCCCGAGGAAGGAGGCGGUUCAGCCGCUGCGCAAACCCCAGCCUCCUUCGGACGAUUAUUUCCGGAAGCUGGAGCCGCGGCUCUACUCGUCCGAGUCCGGCGGAGACGACGUGGACUCUCUGAGCGACGAGGAGCUCCUGCUGCGCUACCAGCUCGGCCUCCUGCACUUCAGCACGCAGUACGACCUCGUUCACUGCCAGCUGAUCGUGCGUGUGAUCGAGGCUCGGGACCUGCCUCCUCCCGGCGCGGGCGUGGCUCACUCCAACCCCUACGUCAAGAUGAGCCUCCUGCCCGACCACAAGAACUCGCGGCAGACCGGCGUCAAGCGCAAGACACAGAACCCUGUGUUCGAGGAGCGCUUCACCUUCGAGCUGCCCUUCCUCGAGGCCCAGCGCCGGACGCUGCUGCUCUCCGUCCUGGACUUCGACAAGUUCUCACGCCACUGCGUCAUCGGAAAAGUCACGCUCCCGCUCAGCGAGGUGGACCUGGUGAAGGGGGGACACUGGUGGAAGGCUCUCGUGCCCAGCUCACAGAAUGAACUCGAACUCGGGGAACUGCUGCUGUCCUUAAACUACUUGCCGAGCGCCGGCCGACUCAACGUAGACGUCAUCAGAGCCAAACAGCUGCUCCAGACCGACAUGUGCCAGGGUUCAGAUCCCUUUGUGAAAGUUCAGCUGGUGGCAGGACUGAAGCUGGUGAAGACCAAGAAGACGUCGUGUAUGAGGGGAACCAUCGACCCCUACUUCAACGAGUCCUUCAGCUUCCGGGUGCCUCAUGAGGAACUGAGCGAGGUUAGCCUUGUGUUCACAGUUUACGGCCACAACAUGAAGAGCAGCAACGACUUCGUGGGCCGCAUCGUGAUUGGUCAGUUCUCCACGGGGCCGGCGGAGACCACGCACUGGCGGCGUCUGCUGCGUUCCCAGCGUACGCCCGUGGAACAGUGGCACAGCCUGCGCUCACGCGCCGAGUGUGACCGUGUCUCUCCCGCCUCGCUCGAGGUCACGUGAUCCUCACGCGGCAUGCCGAUUGGUGGAGGCAGGAAGUGUGGACCAUUUAAUGGGCGGGGCUUCACUGGAAGGGUAAAUAAGAACUGCGGUGAUCUGAAUGGACGGUGGGUUCUGGAGCCGACUCGUGUUCUACUCUGGUGUUCGUGGACUUUAUUCAGAAAGGUGGACUGCGGAGAAAGUGUUCAGCGGUUGUUCUUUAUCACACUGAUACUACCGUCAUGGAGAACUUAAUAACCUCAUCAUCGGCUCCACUCGGGCUGAGCGCAGCGGGAUCAUUCCUCCUCCUCCUCCUCCUCCUGCUGCUGUUAUAGGAGGUGCCGUCGCUUCUGUUAAUCAGCUGACUGUUUUUUUUAUGUAUUUGGAAAUUAAUCAGUAAUAAUGUGGCUGUUGCUUUCAGUUCCACACCAUGGGGUCCAUUUGUGAUUUAAAAACAAGUGUCCAAUCAAAUCAGCUCCUCUCAUCCCCUUUAAAAAUGCCAAGUGUCCAAUCAAAUCAGCUCCUCUCAUCCCCUUUAAAAAUGACUGUCCAAUCAAAUCAGCUCCUCUCAUCCCCUUUAAAAAUGACUGUCCAAUCAAAUCAGCUCCUCUCAUCGCCUUUAAAAAUGACUGUCCAAUCAAAUCAGCUCCUCUCAUCGCCUUUAAAAAUGACUGUCCAAUCAAAUCAGCUCCUCUCAUCCCAUUUAAAUAUGACUGUCCAAUCAAAUCAGCUCCUCUCAUCCCCUUUAAGAAUGACUGUCCAAUCAAAUCAGCUCCUCUGGUCCCCUUUAAAAAUGCCAAGUGUCCAAUCAAAUCAGCUCCUCUCAUCCCCUUUAAAUAUGACUGUCCAAUCAAAUCAGCUCCUUUCAUCCCCUUUAAAAAUGACUGUCCAAUCAAAUCAGCUCCUCUCAUCCCAUUUAAAUAUGACUGUCCAAUCAAAUCAGCUCCUUUCAUCCCCUUUAAAAAUGACUGUCCAAUCAAAUCAGCUCCUCUCAUCGCCUUUAAAAAUGCCAAGUGUCCAAUCAAAUCAGCUCCUCUCAUCGCCUUUAAAAAUGACUGUCCAAUCAAAUCAGCUCCUCUCAUCCCAUUUAAAUAUGACUGUCCAAUCAAAUCAGCUCCUUUCAUCCCCUUUAAAAAUGACUGUCCAAUCAAAUCAGCUCCUCUCAUCGCCUUUAAAAAUGCCAAGUGUCCAAUCAAAUCAGCUCCUCUCAUCCCCUUUAAAAAUGACUGUCCAAUCAAAUCAGCUCCUCUCAUCCCCUUUAAGAAUGACUGUCCAAUCAAAUCAGCUCCUCUGGUCGCCUUUAAAAAUGACUGUCCAAUCAAAUCAGCUCCUCUCAUCCCCUUUAAAAAUGACUGUCCAAUCAAAUCAGCUCCUCUCAUCCCCUUUAAGAAUGACUGUCCAAUCAAAUCAGCUCCUCUGGUCGCCUUUAAAAAUGACUGUCCAAUCAAAUCAGCUCCUCUGGUCCCCUUUAAAAAUGACUGUCCAAUCAAAUCAGCUCCUCUCAUCCCCUUUAAAAAUGACUGUCCAAUCAAAUCAGCUCCUCUCAUCCCCUUUAAGAAUGACUGUUCAAUCAAAUCAGCUCCUCUGGUCCCCUUUAAAAAUGCCAAGUGUCCAAUCAAAUCAGCUCCUCUGAUUCCCUUUAAAAAUGCCAAGUGUCCAAUCAAAUCAGCUCCUCUGGUCCCCUUUAAAAAUGCCAAGUGUCCAAUCAAAUCAGCUCCUCUGGUCCCCUUUAAAAAUGACUGUCCAAUCAAAUCAGCUCCUCUGGUCCCCUUUAAAAAUGCCAAGUGUCCAAUCAAAUCAGCUCCUCUGGUCCCCUUUAAAAAUGCCAAGUGUCCAAUCAAAUCAGCUCCUCUCAUCCCCUUUAAAAAUGACUGUCCAAUCAAAUCAGCUCCUCUGGUCCCCUUUAAAAAUGACUGUCCAAUCAAAUCAGCUCCUCUCAUCCCCUUUAAGAAUGACUGUCCAAUCAAAUCAGCUCCUCUGGUCCCCUUUAAAAAUGAGUGUCCAAUCACAGCAGCUCUUCUCGUCCCCUGCGUGUCCACAGCUAACACGUUUAUUCCAGAUGAAAACAGGGUUUUGGGUGAAAUUUCCAUGAAGAUACGGUGUGAAAAUAUUUGCAGAAUAAAACAGAAUUAGCUCGAGCACUAAAUCACCUGCACAUAGAGCUCAACACGUGUUAUUGUCCUUCAUGCACGUUCCCACAGGUGUUUCUGUCUACAGACUGAAAGUUUUGUGCGUUUACGUGUUUUUAUUUUAUUUAAAUAUUCUCACGUGAAAUGGAAUUGUCUUUGGUGUCGGAGUAGAUCUUAAAAGCCGCGGACGUCCGUGUACGUCUUUAAUCUCCGUGUCGCAGUGGUGUGUCUCGUCCUGCCGCGUCUCUCGUCCACACCUCGGCCCGGUCCGUCUACGCGUUCAGACCUUCGCCGCGACGCCGAAAUCAACGUAGCUGUAUAUCGUACCCGUCUCUUUACGCUGUACCUGUACACUCUGUAUGUGUGAAUCUCGCUGUUAAUAUUUAAUUCUAGCAGAAAAAAACUGCCUUACAAUAGUCAAGAUAUUUAUUUAGAUAAACUUAUUGCUGAACAUUUAGAUGUAUAUUUAUCUCGACAAUAUGUGUGUGUAUAUAUACUGUAUAUUACACUGUGUACGAAUGAUAAGAACUGAACAAAUAUGCGAUGCUGGAGAUUUAAGAGAAAGAAUUACACAAUAAAUAAGUAAAUAAAUAAAUAAAGAGGUGCUGAAAUGAAAAUGUCUUCUGCAAUUUUGCUUUAUGACCAUGAGUACUGUUGCUAGGCAACCGGCAAACGCCGAUGCCAAGCAAAGCUAGGUAAAGACCAGGCUGACAGUUUAGCUAGUUAUCGCGUAUGUUUUUUUUCAGUGCAUUUCGGUCGGAGCUUUCCCACACUUCUGACACAACUGUGUCGUCACCGUGGCACCAAAUCGCCGCCCGAACAAAAGCUUUGUGGUCGAGUUAAAUCGGGAGAAAAGGCGACGUGUCCCACGAUGCAGUUUGGAUUUCAGCGUGAGUCAGGGACAUGAGGAAGCGUUCGUAUUCACAAACAGAUCACGUGUACGGCGACGGAGCACACGGCUGGGCGAG